GGGUGUCGAUGUCCUUCUGCGGAAGUUUGUUCCUUUCUGUCAGAUUCAGUUUGACUUCAACUGAACAACAUCAGAGAGAGAGAGAGAGAUGUUGGUCCAUUCUCUGCUACUGUCGAUCGCCCUCAGCUGCUGCUGCUCUGCUGAAGAACCCCCCGAUCCUCCGUUGAUCCGCCUGAACUCUGUCCUCCUCCAAAAUCAAACGGAGAAGAUUCUGAUGGUGGGCUCCGCCUUCUCCCUGAGUUGCCACGGUAACGGUUCAAUCCGUUGGUCCAGCACUGCGUUUCGUUAUCUGCCCCGGGACAAAUUGCCGGACCUGGUGGAGGUCAAGAGCUCAGUGCCCAGGCACACUGGGACGUACCGCUGUGGGUACACUGCCCCGGGCCUGGAACACCUCAACACCUGGAUCCACCUGUACGUCACAGACCCGUCCGACCCCUCCAGUGUGUUUGUCACUCCUCGUAGUGCCCCUGAUGUCAAAGAAGGCCAGGACUUCCUGUUCAAGUGUCUGCUGACAGACCCAUCCAUCAAAAACCUCACCCUCCAAUCAGAGGGCACCCAUGGGGGCAGGGGGCAGGGCCUGCCCCAUGGCAUGAAUGUGACCUUUGACCGCCAAAGAGGAGCCCUGAUCCGAAACCCGCAGAGGUCGUUCAAAGGACACUAUGUCUGUUCAGGCUGGAAGGACGGGAGACAGUUCCGAUCCAGACCUGUUGACCUCCUGGUGGUCCCCAGGCUGCGUCAGCCUCCGUCCCUGUCUGUCAGUCAGAAGGAACUCGUACGUUUGGAAGGUGAAAGGUUUGAGGUUACCUGUCUGACUAGUAACCCCUCCCACUUCUACAACCUCACCUGGACACACCCCCUCCUACAGACACUGAACGUUGCUGUCAGCCGUCACUAUACGAACCACCGGCUGUCCGUCAACAGCACUCUGAGUGUCUCUGCUGUCGAUGAGAAACACAGCGGAACGUACACCUGUACUGCAGUCAAUGAAGCUGGAGUCGCCACGGCAACCACGCAGCUCACAGUUCUGGAUCGGCCUUACCUGAUUAUCUACCUGCAACUGCAGCAGCAUGCUAACGCUAGCUCCAGGACCAUAGAGGUCAAAGGGGACCAGUUGGCUAAUGUUAGCAGCAUUCCAAUGGAGGUGCAACGAGCACUGGACGCUAACAUUAGCAGCGGUUCACUGGAAGUGAAUGGGGAAAUGGUUGCUAUUGUUCGUCCCAACGGGACAGAUGCGAAUAGCAUUAUCUUUGCUAACAUUACCGGCAGUAGCAGAGUGGAGGUGUCUGAAGGUCAAGAUGUGACGCUGGCAUUUGUGAUAGAGGCAUAUCCUCCAAUCAGCAACCAAGACUGGACGACACCGACGCACGUCAACAACAAUAACAACAACACAGUGUACCAGGAGAGCUACACCGCUAAUGGCUUCAGGUCGGAGGCGAGCCUGCUUCUGCGGCGGGUCCGUCAGGAGGAUCAGGGUCUAUACUCGUUCCAUUUCUCCAACUCGUUCUUCAGUGGCUCGCAGGACGUCGACCUCCGAAUCUACAGUUCUCCCAGUGCUGAGGUGAGUCUGCAGAAUGACACUCUGACCUGCAGCAGCUCUGGAUAUCCUCUACCCACAAUCCUCUGGUACUCCUGCCCCGGGGUCCAGGACACGUGCGGCGACGUCUCCAUCUAUCAGGUGCCUCCAGCUGAUGUGACCUCACAGGAGGAGGAGGAGGAGGAGGAGGUGAGGAAACACCUCCAUCUGUCAGCUGGUGAUGAUGUCACUGUCGAGUGCGUCGCCUACAAUGAGAUGGGAGAGUCACGUCACGUCUUCAAACAUCGAGAACCACCAACGUUCUUGACUCCAGCUCUGGUCGGAGCUCUGGGCGCGGCCGGCGUCCUCCUCCUGCUGCUAUUGGUUGUUUCUUACAAGUGGAAACAGAAACCCAAAUACGAGAUUCGCUGGAAGAUCAUCGAGAGCACGGUGGGAAACAACUACACCUUCGUUGACCCUGCUCAGCUGCCGUACAACCACAAGUGGGAGUUUCCACGGGACAAACUCCGCCUCGGAGCAGUUUUGGGUUCGGGGGCUUUCGGGAAGGUCGUUGAGGCGACGGCGUACGGACUGGGAACCGACAACAACGUCACCAGAGUUGCGGUGAAGAUGCUCAAACCGAGCGCUCACUCAGAGGAACGUGAAGCUCUGAUGUCGGAGCUGAAGAUCCUCAGCCAUCUUGGUUACCAUGACAACAUCGUCAACCUGCUGGGGGCCUGCACUCGAGGAGGUCCAAUGCUGAUGAUCACAGAGUACUGUAGCCACGGCGACCUGCUCAACUUCCUGCGGGCUCACGCUCAGGACUUCAUGACGUCCAUUUUGACUGUGGACGAAGUGGAGGAGGAGGCUUUCUACAAGAACACGGCCGCCCAGCACGCCAGAGUCCGGAGUGACAGUGGGAUCUCGUGCUGCUCAGAGUAUCAGGAGAUGCUGCCGGUCCUGAGUCCAGGACAAACAAACCAAGGUGCGCAGACAGACAGCCUGUCUGUUGGUGACCUCAUGAGGUUUUCCUACCAGGUGGCUCAGGGUCUGGACUUUCUGUCCAACAGGAAUUGUAUCCACAGAGACGUGGCAGCGAGGAACGUCCUGCUGACGACUCGUCGUGUUGCAAAGAUCUGCGACUUUGGUUUGGCUCGAGACAUUCGCAAUGACGACAGCUACAUUGUGCAGGGAAAUGCCCGUCUCCCGGUGAAGUGGAUGGCGCCUGAAAGCAUCUUUCAGUGUGUUUACACAGUUCAGAGCGACGUGUGGUCAUACGGUGUCUUGCUGUGGGAGAUCUUCUCUCUGGGUAAGGGUCCAUAUCCAAAUGUUGCCGUGGACACCAACUUCUACAAGAUGAUCAAAGAUGGCCGCCACAUGGCUCAGCCAGAUUUCGCUCCAGCAGAGAUGUAUCAGCUGAUGACGCUCUGCUGGAGUCUGGAGCCCACCGACAGGCCCACCUUCAAAACCAUUGGUCAGCUCAUCAACAGGCUCCUCCCCUCCACCAAUGACACAUCACCGCGUCACGGCCACCAGGCAACGUACAGGAACAUCGAUGAGGAGGAGGAGGAAGAGGCGGAGGAGGAGAAACGAAGAACAGAGGAGAGGAAGAAGAGCACAGACGGAGAGAACUACGACGAUGAAGAGGAGGAGGAGAAGGAGCUGAUGAUGAAGAACAUCUAGCUGCACUCCUGAUGAUCUUGUCCAAUCAGAACCUGCUUCGGUUUCUCACUAACAGUUUAUGAAUGGAUGAAAUUUAAACAUGUGUCUAAGACCUCGUCACUGCUGAAAACUUUAUGGACAAACUGCGACGUUAACACAAAACUUUUGCUUCCCCACGUCGUCCCGGUAACACAAGGUGACCCCUGGAGUCGUGACGGUGACCCCUGGAGUCGUGAGCCACGAGCGACAGCGUCCGUCGCGUCACAACAACAAACUUAACACUCACAUCGUCAACGUGUAGACUGAUGAACAGUUAGUCUCCACCCCCUUCCUGUCGUCCACGUAACAGCGUGAUUUCCUGCAGGGAUGUGAUUGGCCGAGAGCCUCCUGAGCCAUCAAUCAAACUCAAUGUCUGUGUCCGAAAUCACCCACUCAUUCACUAACCCCCUACUCACUGUACAGUGAACUCCAAAAAAUUUCAUAUGCUGCGUCGAUAAUUACGUCAUUGUCGCAGGAUUAUGAUGUACAACAACAACACCGGUUGGUCGACAAUUCCAUAAUAUAUUUUUGAUAUAUUUCUUUUACACGUUGUAUUAAUAUUGUAGGUAAAAAGGCUGAGAUGAGCUGCAAACUUGGACGAGGCACAAUUUAGUUUUCAGCGUCCCGAGCGCAAUGGAUGAUGCUCGGUCAGUGACCAUCGGUCGUACAAUACUUUUCACGAUGCAUCGUGGGAUACGAUGAGUUCACCAUAUAGAGUAUAAGAAAUUUUACUAAGCAUUCAGACAGCACUACAAAAUGGCAACCUCACUUUACAGUGAGUAGGGGGGCGACUUCGGACAAAGACUGGUUAUUUUCUACCAAGUAAAUAAAAUCAAGUUCUGCAAAUAUUCACCAAAAAAUAUUCAAACAACACAGUUUUCAAGGAUCCGACAAUCAAACUCAAUAUGUGUAAUUUCUGAUGGAGCACCAAAGAAACUGUUUGAAUAUUCCUUUUUUUUAAAUACUAUACUAACUUUUCAUGAAGUCGAUCAAUGACUGUAUAUAAAGAUGGCCGACACAUCUCCACUUCCUCACAUUGUGCAAAUAUGAAGCUAAAAUAGCCCAGAUAUUUUGGCGCCGCCAUCUUGUGCUGGUGACGUCAUUUGGCUCAUGACCUGUAACUGCAGAGGAAAUGACCUCAGAGACUUUAGCAUCCGAUUUCAGAUUAAAAACCUGGAUUAAUCCGAUCUGAACUGCAUUUUAUAGAAUGUUUGAUUUCAAUCAUGUUUCAUUUUCUAACUGUUGUUAAUCAGAGUUUCAUCAGAAGUGUUUAGUCAUAUGUUGUAAAUUUACAGAAUCAGAAUAAAUUCAUAAUCUUUAAAA